ACUAAAUUGAUGGACAGCAAUGGGGCGAAUAACUACCAAGGUCGAUGUCUUCAGUUUUGGUGUCAUACUGAUGGAGCUUAUCACAGGGAGAAAGGCUCUUGAUGAAACCCAAUCCGAAGAUAGCAUAUACCUAGUAACAUGGUUCAGGAGAAUGCUCAUCAACAAGGAUACCUUCCAAAAGGCGAUAGACCCCACAAUUGACCUCUGUGAGGAGACCCUUGCUAGGAUCAACACUGUUGUCGAGUUGGCAGAACAUUGUUGUGCUAGUGAGCUACAUCAAAGACCAGACAUGAGGCAUGUUGUCAAUGUACUAUCAUCUCUAGCAGAGGUAUGGAAGCCAUCAAACCCAGACUCAGACAUCUAUGGCAUCCAGAUGCAGUAUCAAGGCACUAGCGUCAAUGCCAAGAGAAGAAGAAUGGCGCACAGUUUCAUUAGUUUCAAAAUUCCAAGUUUCUUUAGAAAUUCUAGUCGUAGUGAGAAUUCUAUUCCUAGUAUAGUGUGGAAUUCUGUUUGA